CAGCGCGCAGGAGCUGGACGCUUCCCGGUGUGGCGGCUCUGUGAGGCGGAUGGAUGAAGCCGAAUCUCCGGGACAUUCUCCACCUCCGGCUCCUUCAUUAACACACCAUUAACACACCAUUAACACACUUCCGGUGAUGUGGAGCGCUUAGCUGGUCCUCAGAGCUGCUUCUUGUGUGUGUGUGUGAGUGUGUGAGUGUGUGUUCUCUCUCUGAGGCUUGGUGUGAGUGUGAGUGUGUGUGUGUGAGUGUGUGUGUGUGUGUGACACGCUGCUCACACAGCGCUCCGCGGACAGGACAGAAAUUAUAAAUAAUUAAAGAAAUAAAAGAAUAAUAAUACUAAUGAUGGAUAAUGAAAAGUAUCUGCCGGAGCUGAUGGCUGAGAAGGAUUCCCUCGACCCGUCUUUCCAGCACUCCACACGCCUCUUAGAGCAAGAAAUUGAAAAGAUUCAGAAAGGCGAAGAGAAAGAGGACGAGAAGUUCAUCGACGUCGUAAUAAACAAGAACAUGAAACUGGGUCAGAAAGUGCUGAUUCCUGUCAAACAGUUCCCCAAAUUUAAUUUUGUGGGAAAGCUGCUCGGUCCACGAGGGAACUCACUAAAGAGACUACAGGAGGAUACACUCACCAAAAUGUCCAUCCUUGGCAAGGGCUCCAUGAGAGACAAAGAGAAGGAGGAGGAGUUGCGGAAGAGCGGCGAGGCCAAAUAUCAUCACCUGAACGAAGACCUGCACGUCCUCAUCGAGGUGUUUGCUCCGCCCGCUGAGGCCUACGCCCGCAUGGGCCACGCCCUCGAAGAGAUCAAAAAAUUCCUCAUUCCGGAUUAUAAUGAUGAGAUCAGACAAGCUCAGCUGCAGGAGUUGACGUUUCUGAACGGCGGCUCAGAGGAUGCCAAGGUGCCCGCGGUGAGAGGGAAAUCCAGCUCGAGGGCCCGCGGCACACCUGCUCCCGGCUCACACAGGAGUAGAGGAGGUGUUCCUCCACCCCAGGCUGCGGUUCCUCGAGGAGCAGCACCCAGAGGAGCUCCACCAAGCAGGCUUCCAUCCAACAGGGGGAGAGCACAGAGAGGCCGUGGAGCUCCGCCCCCUGUGGGAUACAGACCGCCGCCCCCUGUAGUGCAGGACUCGUACGGAGAAUACGAAUACGAUGACGGAUAUGGAACAGCCUACGACGACCAAGGGUACGACUCAUACGACAACACUUACAGUAACCAAGGACAAAACUCAGAGGACUAUUAUGAAUAUGGACAUGGUCUAAGCGGGGAAUCCUAUGACUCAUACGGCCAGGAAAAGUGGACAAAUGGCCGCAACAAAGCUCCAUCAGCGAGGACAAACAAAGGAGUGUACAGAGACCAACCUUAUACACGAUACUGAACUCUAAAGUCAGCCACGCCCGCCCAUGCAUUUCCAAGUAAUGGAUUUUAUAUGGACUUCCCCCAUUCUUUUUCAUUUUUUUUUUUUUUCAGAAUAAAAUCAACCAAAACUCCGAAAAAACAAAGCAUCCCAGAGAGGAAGGGGAAGACGGGAACAUGAUUUCAUGGGGACAUUCAGUUUGACACUGGUAGAUACUGGUUGUUGCAUGGAUGCAAGAUAAUUAAACCUGUGAUCACUAAUUAUGUGUAACAUAAUCAACCAAUCAGAAUCCUUCUAUGCCAGUAUUGAGAAGUUAGGGGGUGGGUGCUAGUUGGUAGAAGGUGGUGUAAACUUCAGGUGUUAGGUAUUUAGAUUUAGUCAGGUACAUUUCUAUAUACACUUUUUGAUGAGUGAUCAACUUCAGUGUGUCCCUUGUAAAUUCUACUUAAAGAAACAAACAAAGAAAAAAAAAUUAUUGAUACACAUAUCGUGUUACUUCUUUUUUUUGUAAUGCAAUGUUCCUUAGCAUUAAAGGGCUUAUGGGAGCAUUUAAACAUUGUACAUAAUCAUUUAUCAUGGUGAAGAAAGGUCACAUUGCUCUGUCCAAUAUUCUUGUUAAAUGAUUGACCCUAUAAGUGGUCGGACGCAGAGUUGCCAACCAUCUGCAAAUUUACACAUAACUUCCGUGACACGAGUCAGGAAUAUGAGCUUAUCCAUUACGAUUCUUUAGACCAAACUGCAUAGCAAUAAGAAAACAGAGGAAACUGAUCAAUAAUGGAAAGUAUGCAAAUAAAGUGUCUGACUAGAGAAAUUUGAGCCAGUGCAACUCCAGGCUCGCUUCUUUACAAAGAUACUUGAAGUAAGUCUAAUACCAGAGGUUAGCAUAGUUCUUUUUCUUUUUAGAUUUUGCAUCAUAUAGCAUAAUCUACAACAAAAUAGCAAAGUAGCUCAUUUUAGUAAAAGCAAAUGUGAUAGAAGUAGGUCAAAGCUUUACCCAAGCAUUUUAUUUUCAGAGUGCAAACGUCCCAAAGUCACACCCACCUCAAAUUAUAAAGUCAACCCAAAUGUGUUAGGUUUAGGUCCUAAGGUGCUAGUUAAAAUCAUGACAAAAAUGAUGACAAUGGAAUAUAUUAGAUUGUACAUAUUACUAAUAGAGGAAGCACUAAAAUGAUGCAGAUUGGUUGGCAGCCCUAAUCCAUUCAAACACAAUUUUAAAAGUAAGAGAUUGAGAUUGUUUCCUUCUGAGGAACCUACGUUGCUUGCAGAAGUAUUCCAGCCCCAAGAACCUUGUCAAAUUUGGCACUCCAGUAUAUUCAUAACCCCUUUUCGGGAAAAUAUAUAUUCACGCAACAUUUACAUGGCCAGACUGAAGCCGUAUGAGUUGUGUACCUCUCUUCAUGACAGAUUUCAUCCAGACUUCAUAUGCUCGGUAGAGCUGAGGCCAGAAUGAUGGCAAGAACUCUUAGUGACAUUUUCUUUUUAACAUUCAUGCCCCUGCAAUGAAGCUUUGGCCUGUGUUAUCCUAAUGAAAGGCGGCUGUUCAUCCUAUCUUUAAUUUUUGCUUUUAAUCCUGAAUAGUUACUUGUGGAGUUCCCCCUGAUAUCUGGUGUUGCCUCCUCCAUUUUGAGGUUUAUAGAAGCCGAAGAACAAGUGAAGGACAUUGUUCAACAAGGCAUCACUGAUUCACACAUUCCCCACUGGUGUUCUCAAACCCUGCUGGCCCAAAAGUUGUGUUGUGAAGGCACUUGCUUUGUCUUGUGUUAAUGCAAUCUUGUUGUCAAUUUGAUUCAACAAUCUUCUCCUGCUGCUGGUGGUUGUGGUGGUUUUAUUGCAAUUCAAUCUUCUUGAUGUAGAAGAUAAACUGACCAAGUGGGUCCAUCACUGCUUUUGUAACACCCUAUGAGUCAUAUGCUUAUUGGAUAAUGCUGCUAGGAUUGAAAAAUUCCCCAUGCCAUAAUUCACUAAUCAAGAAAUAGCUAAACCCUCUUCCAUUACACCAAACACACCUCAUCCAGCUCAUCAGUUGAUCCAUGCUUCAUGAACUUGAUAAGAUAUGAUGUGGGCUUUUGGAAAGUUUUAAAUGGUGCAGUUGUGACUCAGCAUUUAGGGUUCUGAACUACUGAUCUGAAGGAGUCUAAAUCCAAGCAGAGCUACCACUAUUGGUAUCUUGUGUAAGGCCACUAACCCUCGCUUUGUUCCUUUGGAUAAAACCAUCUGCAAAAUAAAUAAAUGUAAAUUUAUAUAUAGCUCAGUAGAUGCUCAGUCCUGGGGCUACCUGACUGAUCAUUGGCUUCCCUGCAGACAAAUCAUGGCAUUUCUUAAAUAUUCCAGACUUUGAUUGCCUCUGGGAGCCUGGGUUUAGCCUCAGGCUAAAAAAAUGACAUUCCUUUUAGCCUAAAAUGAAUUUAUUUGGCAUUGUACUAUGCACACAGUGAGGCCAUGUUAACCCAGAAGGGGUAGAGACUGUGAAGACUACUUAUCUAUAAAACUAAAAAUGGGUCCUGCAAUUUGUAGGCCUUCCAUGAUGGCCUAACAUUUGACUGCCAAAGUGUAUUUGGGCCUGAAGCAAUGUUUGUGCAUCUGCGUAGGAGUAUUGGAAUUUACAAGUCACUCUUUCACUCGCGCUGAAUAGAACUAUUCCCCAUUUGAAGUGGAGCGUCUAGCGGUAACUGCUGUUUCGUACCUUGCGGGAAAGCAUUUUGUCUUAGUGAUUGAUUAGUGCUCUUAAUACCACAGGUCUGUUGAAUUCUGGAUUCUUAUUGGUCAAAAGUUGUUGAUUAAUUUUCUCUAACAGUAAACUCUGGCAGUAGUGCAGCUGUAAAUGACAGGUUUACUGUAUAUUAAUGUGCUCAUUCUAAUAUGCUAUUGUGGGACGUGUAUGGUGGAUGCUCCACAUACACUAUGUGGCAGUUACAAUGGGGUUUAAUAGGAGAAAAAAUUAUCCUAUUAAAAAAAAUCUGAAAUAGAAUUGAUAAUAGUCAGACUCCUAACAACAAAAGAGCAAGAGCCAAUCAAUAUCAUAUUAAUGAGAAAUAAACUAAAAACGUCAACUCAGAAUUUCAUUCUAAAAAUAAUUUGAAGAUCACAAGUUAAUUAUAAAGAUUAAUAUGCAAGUCAUUCAGGGUGGAUUUCUCCUUUACUUCUGUAUAGGUUUUAUGACCAUUUGCAUUGAUAUCCAUGGGGCUAAAUACUUUUGCAAGCAUGUUAAUAAAGAAAACUACAUAAACUUAAUUAAUAAUUCGUACUUUAAUCUUAAAACUCCAGUGAGCUCCAGUAGUAGGUUCAGGUAGGAUUUUCUUUUCCUAAAUUUGAAAUUCACUGUAUUAUAUGAAUGUUGUUUGUGUGUCCCUUGUACCUUAAAGUUUAAAGUGACUCAAAUCUUAAAUCCACUGCUGGCUAUUUUUUUUUUUUUCUGAAUACUUUCUGUUUUGUAGUAUAAUCUGAAGCUUGUGUAAGCCCUUUAAUCUAUUUCUUGGUUGAUGAUAAAAUAAAAUUCU